UAUGUUUAUAAUUUUAUUAUAUAAAUCUAUAAUAUUUUUAUUUUAAUAUAAUGCUUCUUACUCCUCUUGCCAGGUGUCUUUCUAUCAUUAAUUUCUGCCUCGAAUGACUUGUGAAAUAAUGUAUAUAUUUGUUCGAGCAGACGGAAUGAUUUUUUAAAAAAAUAGAAAAUAUCCAAUACAUAAAAAAUAUAUACAGAAUUCAAAUAAGUAUCAUUUUCAUUUGUACUGUUCAUUUGUACUCGUGUUGUCAUGGAGAUAACAGAUCUUGAACCAUACUUGGCAACAAUAACAGAAAAUACAUAGUGUACACAUAGUGUUUCUGCAAAGCUUUGAAUUUCAUAAAGUUUAACAAAUCACGGAACAUAACAUGUGGUGGGGAUAUAGUCAUCCUUUGGAUUUGCAAGCCGAAUUAACUCAAACAGAACACCUAGUUUCAACCAAUCUUGAAGUAUUAAUUGUAGGUGCUGGUGAUGCACGGCACAUCGUGAAAACAGUAGCAUCAUCUUACACGCAUCCCGACCGGAAAAUCACGUAUCACGUUAUCGAGCCAACCUUAGAGCAAGUUGCCAGAUCGGUGCUUUUAUUGAGCGUUUGCUUGGAAACAAAUUUGGGAUUGCAGGAGGCAACGCGAUAUUACUUGGAGAUUUUAGGAAACACUCUUCUGAGGCCGGCUACAGCUAAAUACUUAGCGAAAUGCGCCAAACAACUGAUCGAUAUUCCGACUCAGACCAUUGACUGUCCAUGGUUAUCGUUAGAAAAAUUUAAGCAUAAGGAUAGAGAUCAUUUGGAAAGCAUUUUUAAAUUUUGGACACGCGCGACGUGCGAAGGAGUUCCCAUUGUGAACUACUGGGAUCACAGAAUUAGAAAAUUAUUAAAAACGAGAUAUGACUACAGAGAAGGUGCUUUCGAUUGGGAUUAUUAUAUGGUUUUGAAACCCAGAUGCAAUACAAAUCUUACUAUACAAGAAUACAGAUUUUGGAGAAAUAAUGGAGUAGCGUUUAUAUGGUUGGAAGGUGAACCAGCCAGAAGUAAUCCGACUUUGUUAAACAAUAUAAUACAAUACGGACCUGGCUUUAUACAUUACGCAUACCUGGGAGAUAUCGUUAACGGUCCCUUUUUCACUUGGGCUGCCACUGAAGAAAAGGAAGACCAGAAGUUUAGAGCAACCGACAUUGCGGAACGAGAGAUUAUGCGUGCAAUUCAUGAAAUACGAACGAAAGAACCGCUAUGUGAAGAGUAUGUCGGCGCUCAUCGAGAUGCCUCAAUUUUAAAUGGCACUAUAGUGUGCGAGAUGCCGGACGUUGAAAUAGAGAAUGAGUCAUGGACGAAUGCCGAAAACAAAUCCAAACUGGAUAAAGAAAGAAUUUCCUGGAUGGAAGUACCAAAUCACAAGGUAAUCUUUCAUCCUGUGACGUCGCUGGAAACUUUGAAAUCUAAACGCGAAUACGUGGGUAGAUUUCAUCUCAUUUGGAUAGCGCACAAUAUGACAAAGCAACUGGCAAAUCUGGCGCCGUUGGCGUCGACGGGUGCGCCAGUGAUUGUAGAGUUGCGCAAAUGCAUGGCAGAUUUGCGCAAAGAGGAUUUGCAGAAUUUUACCAAAGAAUUGAAAGAGGUCGCGCGGGAAAACAAACUUCGUUUACUCCGCGACUUUGAUUCCAAUGAACAUGUUCUUGCUCGAUUUUGCAAGAAUUGAAAAAUUAAGUCGAGUGAUUAGUAUUAUUAUAAAUAUAUGUAUCAAUCUUCAACUAAGCUAAAGUAAGAGUUUAAUAGAAUAUUUCAUUUUUUCAUAAUAAACUGCUAAAAUAACAA